CUCCAACACCUCCUCCGCGCGUCUUGGGCAAAGGCCACGCAUCUCGGAACUGACUGGAAUCAUCAUAGCCUUGCUGGCAAGUGUGUGUGUGUCUCCGGUUUGCGAGUGACCCGAGGCCGAGGCCGAGUAACAGCGAACCCCUCCUGGACUCGGAUCCAGAGAAGAGUUUUCUGCGUGAGGACUUACCGGCAUAGCGCCAGGGAUCUCUAUCAGCGCCGUCAUGACAUUGGAAAAGAAAAUCCAAAGGGCGGGAGACGGAAGGACAUACCCUAAGGCUGGCCAAACGUGUGUUGUUCAUUACAUAGGUACUCUUAUGGAUGGUACGGAAUUCGAUAACUCAAGAAAAAACAUUCAUUCACCUUUUGAAUUCAAAUUAGGCCAAGGUGAGGUCAUCAAAGGAUGGGACGUGGGCGUGGCACAGAUGAGUGUUGGAGAGAGGUCAAUAUUGAAAUGUUCUCCGGAUUUUGGAUACGGAGCAAAUGGUUAUCCGGGAUGCAUCCCACCCAACUCCACCCUCUUGUUCGACAUCGAGCUCAUCGCCAUCAGGGACUAGGCGUUGUCGGGGCUUCGGGCGUGGCCGUCGACCACGGGAAAUAUACCUUCCCGUGGAAUCCAAGAAUAUACCUUGAUCAAACACGCCAGACCAGAAUAAAUGAAGUAUUUAUUUUACAGAUCUGAGAAAGAAAAUAUAUGUGGUUUGAGACAUUUUACGGGGGAAAUUGCAAUACUGUUUAGUAGCGCUCGGAUGAUGACAAGUCAAAGAAUUCUGGGUAUCGAUUUCGACGCAUGCGCACUACUGAAAACACACUAACCAAACCAAAAGUACACAAUAACUUCUAGCGUAGCCCUAACAGUACCUGCUUCCGCCAAGAUCCAUCAUUUACCAUUCUCAUAUCUACAUUUCUUUGAAGUGGCUUGAAAUUCCUUUUCUUGCGCAUGACUUCACGCCUGGACGAGGAGUGCAGAUAGUAGGGGCGGUCACAUGCCAGCUUUGAUAGCAAGUAAUGAUAAUAAAAACAAUCAAACAUUUUAUAUGAAGCAUAAUAUUACAUUCUCUAAUCACUCUAAGUAUAAAAUGAAUAACGAAAGAGGGUUCAUGAAUAAUAUUAACGGUGAAAUAAUAAAAGAUAUAUGUGUCCAGAAAAUUCAUUAAGUUCUUACAGAAUUUACACUAUUUAGAUGCUUCUGUCAGCUGAUAAAGACUAUCUCCUCUGCGAUUUUUGAUGGUAUGCGCAACGCAGAGCAGGUGUUUUAUUGGGACUGGAAUGAAUGCGCAUUCGAUAAAUGUGCCCUGAUCACAACAAGCUACAUCAAUCAGUUUUAACUGAAGUCAAAAUUCCAAAAGUUCAGUCAUCAUCCAUCUAGGUCAUCUUAUUUCACCCUGUUACAAAGAAUACUGUGGGCAAUAUGACAAAGAAGGUUUGGAAAUGAAAACAUUCUGAUUUUACAUGAAUUUGGUCUCUCACUAUGCUGCUAAACCUUUUACCAAUACCUUUCAAGCGAACCGAUUGGCGUUCCACAGGGACCUAUAUAUGGUACACUAGUGCUUUAUUUUGAAUAAACAUGAAGCUCUUAACUGUAUUCCAAUGUUUUUUAUGUCGUGUUCGUAAAACAGGUUUUAUUCUUUGUCGGAGCGGCAACCAAUAAGAGAUAACGCUGGAUAUUAACACUUUAGUGUAACAUUUAAAAAAAAUGCCAUAAUGGUACUUCACAUAGUUACGCUCAAUUUGGUUGUUGUGUCUCUUAUGGUUCCAGAUGUAAUGAAAAUCAUAUGUAAGGUAGUUUAACAAAAUGUUUGCAGUGAUAUCAAGGGGUGUGUAUACCAUUAUUGAAAAUGUAUCUCGUCGUAACUUUGAUAUUGGUUAAUCAGACAUUUCGGCGAACUAUAAUGAUAUUACUCUAAAAAUUGAUGUGUAAUUUAAAAUUUGUAAAAGUGGUGGACCUCAUUUGUGCGUAUUGCUUAGCGAUGAAUAUGUUGUUAAUAAACAAGUUGAAAUCAAAGCUUUUGUUUAUUCCUGUUUCGAAUGUUACGUAAUGUCGGAUUCAUUAUUUUCGACGUAAUAUUUGAUCAUCUAUGAUAUAACUAGUUACUUUGUGAUGUUCCUCGCAUGAUUAUGUCGUGAUUUAUGGUCUAUAAUAUUGAAAGAAUAGAAUUUUCCUCUUAAAAAAAACUUCGAUUCGUUUGUUCCGGUAAAAACAAACAUCGUGAUAACAUUAAGUUUUUAAAUUUAAAAAUGCAAAUUUCAUGUAAUUGUUUUAUGCUUUUUCUUUUACGAAUAAGUUGUAAACAAGAAAAUUUUUUGUGUUCAAAUUUCAAUCGUCGUCAAAUAAUUUUGUACAGAAUUUGUAUGAUUUUUCAUUUAUAUCUUACGAAAGACUCCGUUCUCGUUCUUCUUCAUUUUCUUAUUCAUCUUUUCCCAUUCUCCUACCAUUUUCUUCCCUCCUCUUCAUCCUUCCUUCCUCUACCUUUUUCUGUUCGUCCCCUUCUUUCUUUCACCUUCUUCU